AUGGCUCCAGGUUUCUCCACUGCUGUAUUCAUCGUCCUUAGUGCCCUCACGGAUAUCACUUACGUGAUGGGCAAUACCGCCGAGUGCGACGCUGACUGUGCUGUCACUUACCCCGGGUCAUAUUGUAAAUACUGGCAGACCCCCAGUACUUGCUUUGGCUCGGACGACCCGUGUUCCUGCGGCACGAGCACAACGACUGAAGCCCCUCGCGACUGCGACGCUGGCUGUGCCUCGGAUACCCCUGGCUCCUACUGCAAGCAUUGGGAUACACCCAGCGUCUGCCAUAUAUCCAAUGUGCCGUGCAUUUGCGAGGUUGCUACCACUACCACGUCCCCUGGUGAGAGCACCGAUGAGACCACCACCGUCGAGGAGGGCACGACUACCGGUACCGAGGCAACUACCACGGCUACCACUACCGCUUAUACCACCGAGGUGGUCAGUACGGCCGUGGUGACGACUACGACAGGUCUACCGGUCACGACUACCGAUGCCGCUACCACCGUUGAGGUCACCACUGCAGCUCUCCCUACUACGAUUGACGCUCAGACUACUCUCAGUCCGAGCACGUAG